CAAAACAUGAUCCAGACUGAAGCCCAUAUCCUAAUCAAGGCCUCUCUCACUCCCUAUUCUAGUUCCUAUGAUUCGCGCAUCGCCUCUCCAAAGCUUCAUCGUUAAUCGCAGACACAGAAACAAAGAGCGAGCCUUUGACUUCUCUUUUGGUUUCUUUAAGCGAAUUUUAGCAGAGGAGGAGCUGCAAAAGCUUCAGGGAGGAUAAGAUGUCAGGGAGGAAAGAAACUGUUCUGGAUUUGGCCAAGUUUGUAGAUAAAGGUGUCCAAGUUAAGCUCACUGGUGGAAGACAAGUGACAGGGACUCUGAAAGGGUAUGAUCAGUUACUAAAUCUUGUCCUCGAUGAAGCUAUUGAGUUUCUAAGAGAUGCUGAUGAUCCAUUGAAGACUACUGAUCAGACCAGGCGACUUGGCCUAAUAGUGUGUAGAGGAACUGCUGUAAUGCUAGUGUCACCAACUGAUGGUACAGAUGAGAUUUCCAACCCUUUCGUCCAGCCGGAUGGGUCCUAAAUAUCUUUUCCAUCUGUUCUCCUUCCGAAACUGCUAAAUUUGAAUCUUUAUGCUGUUUUAUGCUUGUUCGCUGCACUUUUUUAAAAGCUGGCUUAUUGCAAAAUAGAUAGUUUCUUGUAAUAUUGGUUCUAGCCUACUCUUAGCUCUUGAAUCAUGCUACUCUAUGAACUAAUGUGCUAAAACUGUCUAUCUCACUCUGUUUGUCUCCA